AACAAACGGCUGAGCUCACAGUCCGGGAUGGGCCGGGCGUUCCCCUCCACCGUGGAGAGAGCCAGCCCAGAGCGGCCGCCUCAGCCGCGCCCUUUGUGUCCCGCUUCGUCGCCACCGCCGGUCGAGGCCACUUCCUUUUGGGCAGCGGCCGUGGAAACCCCUCUGUCGCCGGCUACGCCAUACGCGGCCGCCAUUGCGACUGUGGUUUCUGCGUGCGGGGAGGCCGCGUCGUUCGGUUUACAGCCAGCGGCGCGGGGGCUGCUGCAGGUGAACCCGGAGCAGGUGUUGCUGCUACCACAGCCCCAGGCUCGGGAGAAGUGCAUCGCUACCUCGCCCGCGCAGGCGCGGCUGCUGCAGUUCAGGCCCGACCUGCUGCUCCUGCCGUCGCCGGCCGCGUCCGAGGGCGCCCCGUUCAGGCCCGACUUGCACCCGGUGCAGCCGCGGGUGCUGCAUGUCACGGCUGAGAAGCAGGAGCUGGGGCCUGGCCUGGACCCGUCCGUGGGGCCUCAGGGGGCGGUGGAGACCGGCCCGAGAGCCUCCAGGGCAGUCAAGGUGAAAGGCCCCGGGCCCGCCCUCGACUACUUCCGAGGGAACGAGAAGGGCAAGCUGGAGGCGGAGGAGGUCAUGCGGGACGCGAUGCAAGGCGGGGAAGGCAAAAGCCCGGCGGCCACCCUAGAAGGAGGGAUCAAAACCGAGGAACCCGAGAGACUCCUGGAGGACUGCAGGCUCCGCGCCGAGCCCGCGUCCAAUGGCCUGGUUCACGGCAGCGCGGAGGUCAUCCUGGCCCCGCCGUCCGGUGCCUUUGGGCCGCACCAGCAAGACCUCAGGAUCCCUUUGACUCUCCACACCGUUUCCCCUGGGGCCCGGAUCCAGUUUCAGGGAGCUCCGCCUUCAGAGCUGGUAAGAUUGACCAAGGUCCCCCUGACACCAGUGCCUAUUAAAAUGCAGUCCCUACUGGAGCCUUCCGUAAAAAUUGAAACUAAAGAUGUCUCGCUCACCGUGUUGCCCUGUUGGAAAUAG